UGGCUCGCAGCGCCCCCCGGCGGCGCCACGCCCCGCGACGCGGGGGCCCUCGCCUCGGCCCCCUCGCCGCGGCCAUGCCGCACAAGUACGAGUCGCUGGCCGAAGCCCGCAGCGGCCGGGGCGUGGGCCAGGGCUCUCGGGUCGCCCGGCACCCCUCGCAGUGCGACGCGCUGGGGGGAGACGAGUCCUGGGACGUGCGCCGCUGGGGCUGGUGGCCGUUCGGCGGCAGCCACCGCAGGGGCCCCAGUGACGGCCUGUCCGUGGCAUCCGAGAACGCCCUCGCCGAGGACGCGGCAGCGGAGCUCGCGCCCGCGGGGCACCUGUCGCAGGCCCACCA